AUGGCCAGUGGGAAAAAGAGUGCACUUCUGUCCUCUUUGGCGGACUAUGGAGACGAUUCAGAGCCGGACGACUCUGAUCCCGAACCAGAAGAGACAGAGGAACAGGGAGGAACAGCGGGGAUUGUGUUCAGCUACGGCGAGGAAGAGCUCAAUCGGACCGAGAAUGUUGUUGUUGACAAGGAGUCUGAAAAUGAAGACAGUAGAGAGAGCAACUCGGAAGUGACGAAUGACGAAACUGACGAGGGAAGGGACGCAGAUGAUGUUGAGGUAUCAGAAGUAGAAACAAAGGACCCGAAUGAGCUUGUUGCUCUGUUCUCAGAGAAGGUGAGAAACAUGUCCCCUGAUGACAUCAGAAUUCCACCCGAGCCCCCGGGACGCUGCUCAAGCCAAUUACAGGAGAAGAUCCACAAGCUGUAUGAAAGGAAGCUCCAUGGAGAUUUUGACACAAACAGCCACAUUCAGAAGAAAAAAGAAUUCAGAAACCCGAGUAUAUACGAGAAGCUCAUCCAGUUCUGCAGUAUUGACGAAUUGGGCACAAACUACCCAAAAGAUAUGUUUGAUCCACACGGCUGGUCAGAGGACUCUUACUACGAAGCUCUAGCUAAAGCACAGAAAAUCGAGAUGGACAAGCUGGAAAAAGCCAAAAAGGAGCGCACUAAGAUUGAGUUUGUCACAGGUACGAAGAAGGGUUCUAACCCAUCCAACUCUUCGUCUUCAACCACAAACAGCAGCAACACGACCACCACGGCCACAGAUUCUCAAAAGAGGAAGAGCAAAUGGGACUCGGCCAUCCCGGUGACCCUGGCCCAGCCCACGCUUAUCACCACCAGCGCCACCUUACCGGCCGUGGUGUCCGUCACGACCACGGCCAGCGGCACCAAGACCACGGUCAUCUCCGCGGUGGGCACCAUCGUCAAGAAAGCCAAACAGUAG